CACAAACAGAAAGAAAAUUUAAAAAUGACACGUUAAUUGCGUUGAAUUGUAUUGGUUGUGUGCGUCAUAGAACUAAAUAAAACGUAAACGCAGUGUAAAGAGAUUUAAAUUGGUUAUAGUUCAUAGAAAAUAAAUUUUUAUUCUUCAUUUGUAAUAUAAACGAAGGUUGCAUCACUCAUCAAUAAAAGAAAGAAAACAUUCUCUUCGUACUUCAUAUAGUAGGUUUUGGUUAGUGAGCUUACUUUGAGUGAUAUCUAUUCGUAGUUUACCUCCAGAAUGGCUUCAAAUAUAUUUUUGCGGAACAAAGUUUUACUUAGAAGACAUUUGAAAACAUUUUGUAUUUCUAAAACUAUAAAUGCAACUUCACGUAUAUUGAAUCAGAAUCUUUCUAUUCAGGCAUAUUCAAAUCCCCGUGCUGAACCUGAAAACUUUGAUACUCUUGGUACAUGGGAUAACCGAAUUGAUUUGCCUUUACUUCUACAAGCUAGUAUAAAGCAUGGUAAACCUAUACCAAAAAUUUCAAUAGAGAAUGUAGGUACUGCAAGUGUUAUAGGCAGGAGAACUACAAAUGAAGAUAGAUACAGAGUGAAAGAACUGAAACCUGAAUUGUUGUAUAUUGCUGUAUAUGAUGGUCAUGGUGGGCCUGAAUGUGCUGAUUUCUGUAGCGAGCAUAUGGAAGAUAACAUCCUGUACUGGCUAGCUCGAGGGGAGAAAGAUUUACAAACCAUUCUACAGUUUUCUUUUCAAGAAGUCAACAAUGCUUAUGCUAGACACAUAAUAUUUAAUUGUUCCAGAAAAGAGGCUACUACUUCUGGAACAACAGCUACUGUUUGCCUUUUAAGGAACAGUGUUGAAUUGGUGGUGGGUCAUGCUGGAGAUAGUCGAGCUCUUUUGUGCAGGAAUGGAGACACUAAAAGACUUACUACUGAUCACACAGCUGAUUUAAAGUCAGAAAAAGAAAGAAUAUUAAAAUCUGGUGGUAUGAUUAAUACAGACAACUUAGGAAGGCAUCUUGUAAAUGGAAGACUUGCCAUGACUCGCAGUUUAGGAGAUUUAGAUCUUAAACCAUAUGGAGUUACGGCUCAACCAGACACCAGGUCCUUGGAGAUAAAACAUGGUAGAGAUGCCUUCUUAAUACUGACUACAGAUGGGGUAAAUUUUGCAAUGAGUGAUCAAGAAAUCUGUGAUGCAGUUAACACUUGUCAUGAUCCUGCAGAAGGAGCUGGGUUUGUCACCGACCAAGCCUUGCAGUUUGGUUCAGAAGAUAAUGCUACUGCUGUGAUAGUACCAUUCGGAGCUUGGGGCAAAUAUCAAAAUCAUAAAAAAAUUGCAUUAAACUUUGGCCGCAGUCUGUUGCGCAGUAGUCGAUAUUAAAAUAAUCAUCUGUGUACAGUUAAAUUGUAUAAAAUUGUAUAUAGUUUAUAUUAUUGAAUAAAGUGUGUAGGAAAUGUAAAACAAAUUACAGAAAUGAAUCAGUUAUUUGUAAUCACAGUAAUUAUUUUUACCUCUGAAGUUUUUAUAGCUCAUAGUUUGUUAAAUACAUUUAUUUAUAACACUUUGGUGAAAUAACAGAGAGAUAAUUUUACCAUAAUAUUUCAAUAGAAAUGAAGGUAAUAAAAAUUUACACUAAAAAGCUGCAGAAAAGGUGUAUCUCCAAACAUUUUCUCAGUUUGUAUAUUAAUUUGGUACUUUCUGAUUAUCUGCAUUGACAUGGAAAACUGCUAGUUCAGUGGCAAAACACGUUUGGCUACUUUUAUGGCUCAUGAAUACUCUGGUCAUACAUAAGUAUGUGUAUGAAUGGUAUUUUCAUACAUAAGCUCAUAAUAGCUAUAUUCUGUUCAUACGUAAGUACUGUUCCAUAACGAUUAAUUGUUAAUCCCAUCCCCAAAAAUGGACUUUGACUAUCAUUUCGCUGAUCAGUGUUCAACAGAAAACAUGUAAAGUUAUGUGCACUUAAAUGUGUGUACAUGUAUGCUCGAAUACGCACAUUGCAGCGUAAUACUCGAAAAAUUAUAAUUCUACAGAAUGCUGAAACUGGAGGUGUAGAUAAUCAGAAAGUACCAUUAUUUUAAAGCAUUGCUAACUUGGACAAUUCGCAAACUGAUAAAUGCUCUAAUUCUUUUGAUAUUUUUAAAACGUUAUUUUAUUAAUUCCAAGCAUUAAUUAAUUAGUAAAGUGUCAAUAUGUUUUGCUUAUUUGUUAUACUUUAUUAGACACAAUUUAUAAGUAUGCAGUUAAUUUUUUCUAAUUAGUUUAUACUCAUUUAUUUUAAAGCAAAGUGAGUUGGCCAAUUCAUAUUCAUGUAAAUAUUUUGUACAGUGCUUAAUUUCUGUGAUAUUUGCUUUACUUUGUUGUAGAUAGCAUAUUCAAAAAAGAAUAUUAGUUAUCUUUAAAUUAUUAUGUACUGUAAUUAGUUCUACAUGGAAUUGAAGUAUGAUAAUAAAACUAUUGUCAUUAAUAUUAAUUAUAUAUGUCCACUCACUCCAUUGCUAAUUAGUUUUAUGUAUAAAUUUCAAAAAUAAAUUGUUCAUGAUUUUA